UCUGAAUCAAUAUUUAAAGUCAUGUGCAUAUGUGCACUCCAAAUUUUAUACACAUUUCGAAAUGUUUCACAGCUUUGACAUUUGACCUUUAAAACUUUCCUCUCGACGUGAUUUCUGCUAAUAGUGUCUUCUCUUUAAGUGAGUGUGUGUGCGCUUGCGAAGUGAAAUGGAGAGUUGUUGCGAAGAGAAGAAAACAUUAAUGGCAGUAAAGCCUCUCUUGGAGAAAACCAGGAAAAGAGGUGGCUUCAAGACUUUGCCGUUCAUCUUAGGCAAGUACACUUCACUGAUUUCUUUAUAUAUUCUCAUCGUAUUUCAUGAAUCUUUACAUUUACGUGAAUUCGUGGGCUGCUUCUAAUUUACUGGUUGCCGAUUCUCACGACUAAUGGGAUGUUGACUUUGUUUGCCGUGGUGUUUUCCGACAGUGAAUGAUGUGUUGGAGAAGAUGGCAACAUUUGGGGUGAUGACGAACAUGAUAUUGUAUCUGGUGAAUGAAUAUCACAUGGAAAUGACUACAGCUUCCAACAUAUUGUUUUUGUGGACAGCAGCCAACAAUUUCAUGCCCGUUCUUUGUGCUGCCAUUGCGGAUUCUUACUUGGGCAAGUUCUAUAUCAUCGGACUCGGAUCUAUUGUAUACGUGAUGGGGAUGGUUCUUUUAUGGUCAACUGCAUUGAUUGCACAAGCACGGCCACCUCCAUGUGAUCAAUCAAGCGACAGCUGCAGCCCCCCGACGUUUUUGCAGUCCAUGGUCCUGUGUUCAUCUCUUGGGCUCAUUGCCGUUGGAGCAGGGGGGAUCAGGGCUUCUUCCAUGGCUUUUGGAGCAGACCAAUUGGAAAAUGAAGAGGGCAAGGAGAAUUCUGGUGUGGGCGAGAGCUACUUCAGUUGGUACUACACCUUGUACUUGAUCGCUAUCUUAAUGGGCAACACUUGUGUCGUUUAUGUCCAAGACAACAUGGGAUGGAAAGUUGGUUUUGCUUUCCCUUCUGUGCUUACGAUGUUUGGCACUGUUUCAUUCUUCUUGGGGUCUCCGUUCUAUGUCCAAGUGCAGACAAAUACAAGCUUAGUCACUGGCCUUUUUCAAGUGCUCGUGGCUUCUUACAGGAACCGACAAUUCAAAUUACCAUCGGAUGCCACCACAAACAUAACCUACUACCACAAGAAUGGCCUAGCUCCUGGUUUUCCCAGUAGCAAACUAAGGUUUCUGAAUAAGGCUUGCAUCGUCAGAGAUCCACAGAAAGACCUGACUCCCGAUGGAAGAGCCAGAGAUCCGUGGAGCCUUUGCACCAUAGUUCAAGUAGAAGAGCUCAAAGCAUUACUCAGGGUAAUUCCCAUAUGGUCCUCAGGAAUGAUAAUGUUUGUAGAUCUCUCCCAGAACUCUUUUCCAGUACUCCAAGCAACUGAAACAAAUAGGCGUAUUACUUCAGGGUUUAUGAUUCCAGCAGCCUCUCUUCAAACAAUCACCAUUAUCUCUACUAUACUAUGGGUUGGUCUCAAAGAUAGCGUAUUUCUUCCUUUGGCAUCUCGAGUCACGGGAAGACCUGUUAAUAUAAGCACUACAAGAAGAAUGGGAAUUGGUAUAUUUCUCUCCUGCAUAGCCAUGAUGGUGACAGCAGCUGUAGAGAGCAUGCGUAGGGGUCGAGCAAUAAAGGAUGGAAACAGCUCGGAGCAUCACUUAAUAUCAGUUCUGUGGUUGGUUCCACAAUAUUGCCUCAGCGGGUUGUCAGAUGGUUUUAACGAGAUAACUCAAAACGAGUUCUAUUAUUCUGAACUCCCAAGAAGUAUGUCCAGCAUAGCUUCCAAUUUAAGUGGACUUGGGUUUGCUGUUGGGAGCUUGUUAGCCAGCUUUGUUAUGAACAUGGUUGACAGUAUAUCAAAAGCAAGGGGGCGACAGAGCUGGAUCACAAGCGAUAUUAACAAGGGUCGCUAUGAUUGCUAUUACUUGGUUCUUGCUGGAUUGAGUAUGGCUAAUACGGUUUAUUAUCUUGUUUGUCGUAGGGCUUAUGGUCCUUUAAAAGCAGAAAGAAGACUGAAGGAACACGAGGAUGAGUUGUGAACUGUAAAACUCUUGUUUACUACUAAG